AUGGCUAUGAUAUAGAAUGAUGCAAAGGACUUGGAAAAGAAAAGGUAGGAACUUGAUAAAUUGUUUUAAAAAUUGUGCAAUGAAAGGGCUUAAGACUUUAAUAACAUUUUAUUUUCACAACAACUAAAUGAGUUGACUAGUUAUGUGGACGGUCUCUAGAAAAGUUCCAAGGUCUUAAAAGAUGAGUUGAUGUCUCAGACUAAUCUGUUUAACUUCAGACAACUUGAGUUCAAGUCAUUAUAUUAUCAGGAACUGAUAGAGGGCUUACAAAUCUUUGAAAAGAUUGAGAGAAUGAUAGAAGAGGUAGAGUUCCUAUCUGGUCAGCAAAACCUCCUUUCAGCUUCUUAAAAAUUCAGAGAACUCAAAGCAUUCACUACAGACACGCCUGAGAUCAAACAGAUUCUCUAGGAAUUCGGAGUGCAAGAAAUGAUUCGUAAGCGGAUAUAAGAAAAGCAAAGAAUCCUGAUGGAUCAAAUCAACUCUAACCUCGUAGAUUUCUUGUUCAUGACGAACAAUUCUAGCUCAGAGGCUUGCAAGAAAAGAAUGCAGAUGAUUCAAAAGUACUUUGAGCCUAAGUUCGACAAGUAUGAGGACUAUGAAUCACUUUUAGAGUAUGUUUGUAAGGAAUUCGGAGAUGUCAAAAAGAUUCAGGAGUAGUUUCAGAAGAUACACAAAAAGCAACUUGAAUGUGCUAACAAAGCCACAGAACUUAUAAACACCUAGUUAUAGCUCAAUGAUGAGAUGGUGGCCACUGGCCUUCUUUGUCUUCAAAAAGAUAGUCAAAAAGCAAUUGAGGAGUAAAAUGUAGCAUAUCUAUCUCUUCUUCUAAUAUCUUUUAAGAAGAUAUGCGAUGAUCACACUGUUCAGGAAUAUUUGAGGACUCAAAUGGAUAAUCAAAUGUAAAAACUGUUUUAAAAUCUGCUUGAGAUACUUAGCUUAUAAUAAAAAACAUCAUUCAGUAAAACUGUGAAGAACAGAGCAAUGGGUGGUAUUGAUAACGAUGUGAUAUCUGAGUUAAUACAGAUUGAUGGGUAAAUGCUUAGACAGGCCACUCAAGUCAUUCACUAAAUAUUUUUCUCGUUCCAAUAAAACUUAAGCUACUUUAUGAUAAUAGACAAGCAAGAGUAGACUAAUAUAGUUGAGAAUGGCAUAAGUCUGGACUAUGUGAAUAUUUUCUUCUAUUACUUCAAAUUUCUGAUCCAAAUACUCUUUGAUCAUGAUAAACGAAUGAAGGAAUUCAAUCUAAAAAAUGGCAUAAGUGAAGAGACCCAAUAAUAAAUUUAACAAUAAACUAAUGGUACUGGGUAAAAGAAACCAAUAGUAGAGAAGAAUAUGCGCUUUAGUUUUAGGAAUAAAGAAGACAUGGAGAGUUUCCUAGUAGAUUAAGUCAGACUAAAGCUAGAUUUUUAUAAGACAAUGGAGGAGAUAAUAGUGCCCACGUUGCUUAAGAAAAACAUAUCCUUUGUAAUGACUCUGGGAAGUAGAUUGAUAUUUAUGAUUGAUGGCUUAGUUGACUAAGUAGAGGAAAACUUCAAUAAAGAGAGUCAAAAUAAGCAGCAGAUUUUGGCUUUCAAAGGCUGGAUGAAGAGAUUUAUCAUCACUAACUACGAGAUAUUCCUCGACUACUAUAAGAAUCACUCUGAAUUCGUUGCUUAGAAGUGCUUCAGCAGGACUUUAAACCCUUAAAAUCUUGUAAAGACUGGCAUUUAAGAUGAGAAAGUACUUGUGAAUCAAAGUCAGAUAAUUCAACAAUCCCUAUUUGGUAAUGAUAUCAAGCAAAGCAUGCAGUAGAUUUCAAAAGCCAGCAUAAUUGGACGAAUAAAUUAAAGUACUAAUGAUAACAGUAGCUCAAUGUGGGCAAUCUUUGAUUACAUCACAUCAUUUUCGUACGUUUCCCAAUUAGCUGUUGAAAAAAUCCCAUUAGAAGACAAAAGUAAACAGGACCAAGCUAGUUUUCGCUAAGAAAUUCUUGAAUCUGUAAACAAGGUUAUGAAAAAAGUGCUAGAUAAAAUGAAUAUAGUGGUAAACUUAUGCUUUAAUGGGAGUCAUAGAGAUGUGUUCUUCCCAAUGAAGCUAUACACAUCUGAGCGAGAGUCUUACUACUUCAGAGGACUUAUCAAACGAGAGGAUUUGAAAACUGUUAAGAAGGAAAAGUCGAUACCCAAUGAAACCAUAGAUGAUUAGGAAUUUUUGUAUAAGCCAAAGCUUGCAAUGCAAAACGACCUUUUAUCAAAUAGUAUGACCACUCUGACUCUGAUGAUGCAAAUAUACAUGAAAAUAAACGAGGUAGCGAUUAAGGAAUUCGGGUCCUGCUAUUAAUUUAUAUCAAGUUAGAAACUGUGGGAGCAGCUGCUCUCUGAGAACUGCAAAAAAGAGUACAAUAGAACUUUUGAAGGAUUGCAGAGUUUGGUUUAUGAAAUACUCAUAUUUUUGAGAUGUGAGUUUACAGCAAGAGCUUUUAGUCACAUGAGAGAAAUGACUAGGAUUGACUUUACUGGUGUAUCAGGUGCCACUUCAAGAGUAGAGCCUUUCGUCCAGACUUUGAUCAGAGACCUUAAGAUCCUUUCCAACUUUGUAUCCCAGUAUCUCUCCCAAGUUGAAGUAAUUUCUAUUAAUAGUAUUUUGAUUUAGAUAUUCUACUUGUUCUCCCAUCUGCAAAAACUAGUGUUUAAGUUGUACGGAUUCUAUGUGCGCUUUAUCAAGCGUUAGGAGAUAGACGAGAGUGGAUUCCAAAGACUCAAGAAGUCUCUGUUCCAACUUAAGAUCGAGUUUGACAUGAUAGUUCCUAAGCUGUUGAGUGAGAGUAGCCCCCAGAUAAAGAGUAUAGUUGAUUAGUUCAAAGUUGAGAUAGCUAGGGAAUAUGAGAAGACUAUAUACAUACUUUAGUUGUUGAUCUGCGAUGAAGAGGAAAUUGAAGACAAAAUUAAGGAAAAUGAUUAUGGACUAACUGAGAAGGAUUUUGGGGCACUCUCUGGGAUUUAAUAAAGUUAUGCCUAAAGUUAAAGCUAUUGA